UUGCGGGCGGUCGUGUACGAGAGGAAUAGCGUUUCGCUCUGUUUUCCCGCGACGCGAACUACGUACGACAAUAAGAUUAGUGACUUUAAACCCAAAUUCAGUUAGAAAUAUACUUUUUAAUAUUAUAGUGUUGAGCAACAACUUUAUAAUACACUUUAGUUUCCCGCUAUAAUGCAUCAACACUAACAAAACAAGAUGGCUGCCGCUAUGAUCAGCGACAGGGGGCUACGGAAGAAGCUAACUCAAGACGCGAUCCCGGAGAAGACCCCGCGAAAGCCGUCCAAACGCAAAUCGACGGCCGGCGCAUCCAAAGCCGACAAGAAAAACGAACAGAACAACAACAAAAGGCCUAAAGUGCAAACCGGCGACCCUAAACUCGAUUUGUUCACGACGUACCAGCCCUGGGUGAUACAAACGUACGGCGACCAGGCCAAAACCAAGACGAUUACAUUAAAAAAAUACGCGCGGAUCUUGCGUACGCUACGCGGCGAGGAGUGUAACAGUUCGGACAGCUCCAAGUUUCGUUUUUGGGUCAAAGCGAAGGGUUUUUACGUGGGGAAGCCGCCUGGUUACGACGCGAAGCCGGCGGACAGUAUUGUGUGUCGUUAUAGUGUCGUGGACGCUGAGGGGUGCACGAGGGGGACCGAGGGGCACGAGGUGUACAGCGGGUCGCAGAACGACCCCCCACUGUACAUACCCACGCCGCCUUUGAAGAAUGCGCCGAACCAAGAACCCGUGUACCGAAAAGUAGCCAUCGUCGAAAAUUUCUUCGACAUCAUCUACACAGUGCACGUAGAACUUGAAGGAAGACCUGGAAAACAUGCAGGACAAAAACGAACAUAUAGAACGAUUACGGAGACGUACGCCUUUCUGCCGCGGGAGGCCGUCACGCGCUUCCUCACCGGAUGUGCCGAGUGCGCCAGGCGCCCGCGCAGCGCCUCGCCCCCACCGCUGCCCACGCCUUCCCCAUCCCCCACAAGACACCCCACUUACCUCCCGUAUCACCCCCACUGCCCACCUGACUACUCUCGCAACUGGGAGUCGGAAAUCGACGCGGCCCAUUCAAAUUAUUACGAACCUAAAUUCGAGUAUACCGAAUUGCAGCCGGUCAAGAAAGUCGAGAGUCCCAAGCCCGCAGAGGUUGAAGAGGAACCGACGUACAUAGAACUAACCACGAAGAAAGUAGAUUUCGAUCAAAACCAGCCCUACAGCAGGAGUUCUCCUGUUGAACCGGCGAUAGAACAAGACGAACCAAUCAGAACUGACCCCGAAAUAGACAAGGACGACAACAGCCUGAUAGACGUCGAAGAAGUCAAACCUAAUGACAGUCCGCUUCUGCAUAAAGAAGAGAAUACGAAAGAGUCAGAAGGAGAGAACACGAGUGCUUCUGAAACGCCAAGCGCUAGUGAAAAGACUGAGAAGAAAAAAUACAAUCCGCUGGACGUUGCGAACUUGACGUCAAAAGAUCCUCCUAAAUGCAGGUCUCCGAGUAAAUUUACGGGAGCGACUUUAGAAUAUCCCGUUAGCUUCGGGAGGUUUGCCAGGCAGUGGAGGCCAGACGGCGCGAUGUACUAUGGGGGCGAGGACGUAGAAUACGGCGCGCCUAUUACGACGAACUAUUUAAAGCAAUCCAAGAAUUCGUCUCAACAGAACGGCAGCGACUUGGAAAAGGACAACUUAACUCCGGAGCCGCACGACAUGAAUGAAGAAGAAAACUUCACUAGUCAGGCCCUCGCGAAAGACGCUGAGAAGUUGAAAAUGAUGUUGCUUGCAUGGAAUUACCACAACCAGUCUCAAGGUCGUAAUGGCGAACCCGAUUCUGGUGGUGAGAGCAUGGCUGAUCUGUGGGCUUCAUACCACAGCGCUCUGGGCCUCGGCAGCAAGCCACCGAAAGCUCCCACGCCCAUGAAUACUGGACACUCGAGUCCAAUCCACGUUGGGUCAGCGACUCCGGUGGAACCAGCCUCUACCCAUGACGAGACAUCGUCGUCCGACCGGACCAAAGAUGACGACGAUGGUGGCGCUUCGGAUGACGAUAGCGACGACCGGGUGGAUCCGCAGCAUCACGAUCCGGAGAGAUUGAAAGCGUUUAAUAUGUUCGUCCGUCUAUUCGUGGACGAGAAUCUAGAUAGAAUAGUUCCCAUCUCCAAACAGCCUAAAGAGAAGAUUCAAGCCAUCAUCGAUUCAUGCACGCGUCAGUUCCCGGAGUUCGCUGAACGCGCCCGUAAGAGGAUCAGGACGUAUUUGAAGAGCUGCAGGAGGAAUAAGAAAGUGAGAGGCGAUGUUCCUACCAGUGGCAGCGGGAACACACCCGGCAGCGGCAGCGCUUGGGAUUCCACGGUCCGGCCGACUCCGGCGCACUUAACAUCAGUACAAGCUGAACAUAUAUUGGCGCAGGCGUGCGAGAACGAGAGCCUCAACGCCAAGCGCAUGCGGCUCGGCCUCGACCCGGUCAGCCAGCCCAUGCCCACAGUGCCCACGCCUAUGGCAAUAGAUUCAACGGCCACUUCAGCUGUAGCUUCAUCGUUCCUAAGCUUAUACAGCGGAGCUAUAAGCAGCCCCGCGUCGACUUCAGCGACCACCACCUCUACCUCUUCCCUGGCAGCUGCGGGCCACAGCAAGGCCGCCGCGGACACUACAAGGCCAUCAGCCAGCCCGACCAUGGAGAACGCUUUGUUGAACAACAACACUUUGAAAGUGGACAACGCUAAUGGAAAUACUGGAAGCAAGACCGCCAGUCCAGCUUCGUCACCGGCGCCCUUAUUCAGACCAACUUUCCCGGCUACAUUUGGUACUCCACAAGGCUUCGGAAGGCAAAAUGUGAACACAACACCAGCAUCAGCACUCUCGAGUAGCGCACUUCUGUCUACCCUCACGGCUCUACCUCCUUCAGGGGUUGGGGUGAAUGCUGCAAUGGCUGCCUACCAAAAUGCACUAUUGUCUGCAAUGGCGGCUCAUACACACACAUUUCCAACUAAUAUUAGUGCUCCGACAGACCUGUCCUUAAAAAGUUCAGUGCCAGCGCCUCUUCACGUUACAUCCGCGCCAUCUCUAACUGGAACCACUUCUUCCACUCAGUCCAAAUCUCAGCUGUUUACUCACAAACUGUCCGGACCGGAGGUAGGAGCCGUGAGGCAGCUCAUCACUGGAUACCGCGAGUCCGCAGCUUUCCUACUGCGUUCGGCAGAUGAGCUCGAGACAUUAUUGUUAAAUCAACCAUAGGAUCAGGCGAAACGAUUCACGGACUUUUUCGGCUUCAAAUUUGGAUAUUUUUAAAAGAUCCGUGUAUUAAAAUGUUUGCAACCAUAGACUUCGAGUGUGGUUUUCAGCAGAUCGAAAUCGGUAGUAGUUGAACUUAAGCCAUUGGUAUUUAAUAAAGUUUAUCGUUGGAAAUUUAAAAAUGCUUUAGUUCUUGUAUUUCAGUUGUACAGGAAUGUUAUAAUGUGAAAUAUAUUUAGGCGUAUUGUUAUAACAUUCUGAAUUUUUAUAUUUAGAUGACGUCAUUGUUUGAUCAUAUGGUGGUUUGUUAUAUAAUAUUUGGUACUUUAAAACUUGUACAGGUUGCAACGAAAGUAGGUAAAUACUUUAAAAUAACAUGAUUACCUUCAAACAACGAGGUAAAUACACCGAAAAAAAGUUUGACGUGAUAUUCAUAAGUAUGCCAACUAAAUUUUUAAACAAAUCGAAAAGUAAAAUAGUUCUAAGUGAUCUUUCUCUUACAAUAGCACCAGAUACACAAUUUUUAUUCGAUUUUAAACUAAGUAGAUAACUUAAAUUUUGCAAUAGUUACACGUGCUUGAUAAACGAAACCAUUUUAAAUGUACAAAACUAUAUCUUUGUAAGUCUAACUGGCAAUACAAAAUUGCAAUAUUCAGGUGUUUGCGAUAUUUUAUUUUGGGUUGCCAUUUAAACUUUUUAUCCAGCUAUCGGUAAAGAUUAAACGUUAAUUUAAAUAAGCUAAGUGUUUAAAACUAGUGAUGUAAAAAACAGUAGUUAUUACUGAUCUAAAAAUUAUUGAAAUUUGUGAAAUUUUAUAAGAUGAUCGCGCGGAAAUCAAUGAUAUCCUUCAUUUCUAUGAACGCUGAUUUUGUAAAAUAUGAUUUAUGUGUGUUGCUUUUGGUGUAAAUUGUAAGAAAUUCGUAAGCUACAUUUUACGAUAGGAAUGUGUGGGCAACUCUAACUUUUAGCAUUCUCAAAAUGUAAAAGGCGAUGGACUAAAUUAUAUCAAAACGUAAGGGUAAAAUCAGUUACAUGCCGUAAAUAGAAAAAAAAAGGAAACCAAUAUUUUAGUGUCAAUUGAAGACGUAUCUUUUCCAUCUAAAAUACUUAAAAAAAACAUCCUUUUCGGAUACGGUUGACGUAUUGUCUUGUGUAAAACAAUCAGUUGUUUAUCCAUUGAAGUGUAAGUUUUCCGCGUUCGAGCUAAAAUCGAAAGCUGCCAUAGAAAACUCGUCGAAAGAGUACAAAAUUAAUAUUUUUGUGUAAAAUUUUAGGGUGUAAGAGAAAAAAAUCAGGGAGUCUCUAGAUUAUUAGGUUUAAAAAAAAUAUUCUUGCCUGGUGCGACGUAAAUUGCGAAAUCGAAAAAUAAAUUUGCUUAUACGAAGAAGAAAAAAGGGCGGCUACGGUAAUUUCACUUUUAUCAGAGAUUUAAUUAAUAGUUUUUAACGUAUUUAGGUGUAAUAAGCACGAAUUUAAUUUGUUGUUUUGUAUUAUGAAUAGUGCUGUAGACUUAAUUCGUAUUGCUGCUUUUGAAUGUAUUUUGGGUUCAUUGUGCGACCCAUAUUAAUUUCUUAUAAGAUUUUUUUUUUUUCAUUAUUAAAGAAAUCUUUUUUGUUUUCCCCAA